GAGCAGAAACGCGCAGCUCCGCCUUCACAUUAUCGCGGAGUUCUCAAAGGAGAAUUACAGCACCUCAGAUCCAGAAAAAACACAUCCUCAUUAUCUAUUUACUGGCGUUAGCGGCUUCAGUCUGCUUUAUAUUCCCGCGCGGCUUCUGCAGAGGACGUGUGUUUGUUUACGACGCCAUUUUUAAAGUAUUUGUUUAUUGCGGUGCAACUUUUCCACUCAUUCUCCCGAAACAGCAACAGGAAAACUGGCGACUCCCUAAUUUUGUAGUUUUUUUUACAUGUGUUUGUGAUUCCCAUCAGCUCAGGAAUUAUGGGAUGCUGCGGCAGCACACAGAAGGAACGCGACUGGAAGCCUUUAGAGCAGAGGAAGUGCACAGAUAUACCAUGGCUGCUGCUCUUCAUCCUCUUUAAUAUCGGCAUGCUCUGCAUCUGUGGUUUCGCCAUUGCGACAGGAGCUGCUACAAGACUCAUAUCAGGGUAUGACAGUUACGGCAACACCUGCGGCCAGAAAAACGCCAAAAUCCCAGGCAUCGAGCACAGCGGACUGGACCACAGCAACAGAAAGUAUGUGUUUUUCCUGGACCCCUGCAAAAUUGACAUAACUAAAAGAAAGAUUAAAUCUGUGGCUUUAUGCGUGUCGAAGUGUCCGAAGGUUAAGCUGGACACGUAUGAGGACCUCACCAAGUUCGCCACAGUUAACGGAUCUGCUUUAUGCACCUAUGAUGUACAACCUGAGGCUUAUUCGUCUAAUCCUAAUAAAGAUGUGAAAUGUCCAAAACUUCCUGUUUUUCCGAGUGCAUCUCUGUCUGUGUUUCACCGCUGUAUGCCGGUCGACAUCUCGUGUUUUGCUACCUUUGCUAAGGCCUUCAUCACAUUCGUCAGUGAUAACAGUGUGCUCCAUCGGGUCAUUGCUGGAGUCAUGAUGGCUAAAGAGAUCAUCAUGGGCCUCUGUCUGCUCGCCCUCGUUCUGUCUCUGAUUCUGAUGGUGGUGAUCCGCUAUAUAUCUGUGCUUCUGGUCUGGAUACUCACAGCAGUGGUGGUGAUUGGCUCAGUGGGUGGUUGCGGGAUCCUCUGGUGGCUGUAUGUGGAUCAGGGGAAAGCUCUAAAUGCCACAAUGCCGGCUCAUGAUCUGGAGGUUGCCCACGAUAACCAGCAGGCCCUGCUCGUCUACGCCAUCGGAGCCACCAUCUUUACUGUACUCUUGCUGCUGCUGAUGUUCUUCAUGAGGAAGCGUGUGGCUCUCACCAUCGCUCUGUUUCAUGUAGCUGGUAAAGUGUUCACUCAUCUGCCUCUGCUGGCGCUGCAGCCCUUCUGGACUUUCCUCACACUCAUGCUCUUCUGGGUCUACUGGAUCUCUGUGCUGCUCUGCCUCGGCACCGCAGGCAGUCCGGUGAAGAAUAAUCAGACUGGUCUGGUGGAGUUUAAGAUGGACGGUCCGCUGCAGUAUAUGGUCUGGUAUCAUGCCGUCGGCCUCAUCUGGGUCAGCGAGUUCAUCCUGGCCUGUCAGCAGAUGACCAUCGCUGGAGCUGUGGUCACUUACUACUUCACAAGAGAUAAGUCUCAGCUGCCCUUCACACCCAUCGUGUCCUCAGUGCUGCGUCUGAUGCGCUUUCACCUGGGCACCGUGGCUAAAGGAGCCUUCAUCAUCACUCUGGUGGAGAUCCCUCGCCUCAUCCUCACUUACAUCCACAGCCAGCUCAAAGGAAAGGAGAACGCUUGUGCUCGCUGCAUGCUGAAGGCCUGCAUCUGCUGUCUGUGGUGUCUGGAAAAGUGCCUGUCUUACCUGAACAUGAAUGCCUAUACAGCUACGGCCAUUAACAGCACAAAUUUUUGUACGUCUGCUCGAGACGCUCUCUUCAUCCUGGCAGAAAACGCUCUCCGUGUGGCCGCCAUCAACAGCGUCGGAGACUUUGUGUUGUUUUUGGGAAAGAUUUUGAUCGUGUCGUGUACGGCGUUUGCGGGCGUCCUCUCUCUGAACUACCAGCGGGAGUACAGCGUCUGGGUGCUGCCGCUGAUCAUCGUGUGUGUGUUCGCCUUCCUGGUGGCUCAUUGUUUCCUCUCCGUCUUUGAGAUUGUGGUGGACGUCCUGUUCCUCUGCUUCGCCAUCGACACCAAGCAGAACGACGGCAGUCCAGGGCGCGAAUAUUACAUGGACAAGAGCCUCAUGGAGUUUGUAGAAAACUCCAGGAAAGCUACAGAGAAGUACAGCAAAGCAGAAGGAGACAGUCGGGAGAUGAAAUCUAUGACUGGAGGAACACUGGCCUGAUGAAGACCUCGCCACGCUUUUUACAUCGACUGACACUCCAACAAAGAGCUACCGAGAUGCGCAAGAGCUUCUCUUCAGGGAUUAUAAUGUGACAGGCCUUAUGAAGGGGCAUUAGAAGAGCUCCAGGAGCAGGGUACAUGCACAGCUAUACUGUAUACAUGCUAAUAUUAGCUCCCAAAUUUUUCUAAAGAAUUAGACUUGAGCAGCCGAAUGCAUACAAGUCAUUUAAAAAUAGAGGUUUGGGAGCCUAAAUAUCAGCUUUGACUUCGUUUUAUUUAGUGCUGGACGAGAUUAAUCGCAUCCAAAAUAGUUUGUUUUGACAUAAUAUGUGUGUGUAUAUAUAUAUCAGUCACAACAUUUUCUUAAAUAUAUGCAUGCGUGUAUGCAUAUAUACACAGUACACACACUUAAAUUGUCAAAGCAAGCUUUUAUUUUGGAUGUGAUUAAUUGUUGGCCAGCACUAGUUUUAUUACGAUAGUACAUUUUAUACAGAACUUCUAAACUAAAUGCAUUAGUGUUUUAUAUAUUUGAUAAUUUAAGGGUUUUACUCCAUAAAAUCCAGUUUCAGUUAUCCAACUUAGUUUUUUAUGGUGCUUUUUGUAUGUUAUCUUAUUGACAAUGUUCUGAAAUGCAGUACUACUAUCAUGAACUCUUUAUUUUAUUUUUUUCUAUGCAAGCCAUAAUAAUAGAUUUUCCUCAGCAAGAUGUUUUUCUAUGAUUUGAGGGUCCAUGAGUGUCUUAUUUUAAUAUCCUACAGUAGAUGCUGCUGAAGUUUGCAGUGUUUAUUUAGAUUUGUGCAGCAGUUUUGUUACAAAUAUAUUAAGAGACUCUUAUCUUUUACUGUAAAGCAUAGGUGUCAAACUGGAUUCCUGGAGGCCCGCAGCUCUGCACAGUUUUGCUCCAACCCUAAUCAAACACAGCUGAUCCAACUAAAGUGUUCAAGACUACUAGAGACUAUUAAGCAAGUGUGAGUUGGAGCUAAACUAUGCAGAGCUGCAGCUAUUCUGGAUUUCAGUUUGAGACCAUUGCUGUAAAUGAACCGCAUUACAAUAGUUGCCAUUUUCUCUUGUGCCAAAGAGCUGACGUGUGUCGUAGGAAACACUAAAUAACUUCUUUUAGUUUUAAUUUAAUGUUGUUUAUUUGAGUCUAAUAUUUCGAGUGAUAUAAAUAUGCACAACUUUAUUUUGGGGCCAGAAACGACACACUGCAGCUUCAAAUCGCAUCAUCUGUGUGAAAGUUAGGAGUGCAAUAGGAAAACCGUUUAAUAAAAACCCAAAGAAACACACAAA